UUCCCACAAUUUUAAUUGGUCAAAUAAUAUUAUAUAGAGAAUUUUGUUGGUUAACAAAUAGAUGAAUGUUAUUUUGAAAGACAAAAAAGGAAGUUUUGUUUAUUUAUUUAUAAAAUCUGUUCACAUCAAUCCCUUGACUUUAUUUGUAUAUACAUGAAUCAUAUUAAACAUCAAAUAAAGAGAGAUCAUUUUCUAAAUAUAUAUUAAUUAGAAGGAUUACUUUUGAUUGAUACGGAAUUAAUUAGUUAUUGAUUAUUGAAAACCAAUCAAGCAACACAAACUAUUACAUAAUGUUAUCAGAAUUUUGUCCAUUCAAUCAUACAAGUCGUUAUGUAGCUGAUGGAUUUAUAUGGUAUUUUUUUUCAUGGUAUAUGAUUAUAGCAAAUAUUAUUGGUAUUAUAUUUAGUGGUUUAUGCUUUUUAGUAUUAUUAAAACAUCCACGUGUAUUUGCAUCAACUACACGUGCAUGGUUUAUCACAUUAACAGCUAGUGAUUUUUUUAUAUUAUUAAUUGCUGCAAAUGAUAUGUAUGCUGAAGUAAUAUUUACUCAUAUGUAUCAUAUUAUAUUAGGUAAUAUAUUUGGACGUUAUACAUGUUUAAUUCGUGUGAUAACAAUUGUUUGUUUAUUAUGGACAUCAAAUUUAUUACAAACUGGUUUAUCUAUUGAACGUUUAGCAUCAGUUAUUUCACCAUUAAAAACACGAAUUAUAUUUACUGGUAAAGUAACACGUUAUACAAUUAGUUUAUUAAUAACAUUUUCAUGUUUAUCUGGUAUUUUAAUAACAAUAGUAUCAUCUAAACCAUCUUCAUCAAAUAUUUUUAUGAUAACAAAUAAUAAUAUUACUAAUUAUUCAAUAGAUUAUGAAGCAUUAGUAUCAUGUGAACGAAGAAAUUCUACAGAAUUAUUUGGAAAUACACAUGAAAGUAUUGAUCUAACUAAACUUGUUUAUAAUUUAGAUUUGAUUGUAUUUCGUGUAAUACCAUUUAUAACAAUGUUAAUUUCAUCAGCUGUUAUAGCUUCAUUAGUACGUUAUCAACGUCGUAAACGUAAUCGUUUAACUCGUAUAUCAUCAAUUAUUCAAAAAAGAAAUCGUUCUAUUGGAUAUAAUCGUGAAAGUCGUGCAUCAUUAUUAUUACUUACAAUGAAUAUUAUAACAUUAUUAACUAAUCCAUUAUUUUUAUUAUUUGAAUUAUUUGAUGGUGAAGGUAGUGAAGGACGUACAGCAGCAAAACUAACUGGUGAUUUAUGUAUAUCAUGGAUAUUAAGACAAUUUUUUAAUUCAUUAAUUUAUUUUGGUAAUCAAAAUAAUUGGAUAUUAUAUUUAGCAUUUGGUGCACGUUUUCGUAUACAUAUUAUAAAUAUGUUAAUGUGUCGUAAUAGAAAACAAACAAAACAUUAUCCUGAUAAACCUAAAUUAACAAUAUCUGAAAUUCCAUUAGAUGCUAGUACACAUUUAUUAAAUUUAGAUUAUCCAAGAAAUAAUAGUCAAAAUGAUGUGUUACAAUUAAAUUCAUCAAAUAAUCUAAUACAUUGUAAUUUAAAUGGUGUAUAAAAUCUAAUAAGAUACAAAAUCAUUUAGAAUAGAAAUGUUUUGUAACUUUAGUUAGUUAAAUGAUAAAUGAUAUAUAUUUCUUUUUCUUUUCUUUUUCUUUUGUUUUUCUAAAAUCUUACAAUGAGAGGAGAAUCUUUACUUUAAUGUAUCAAACAUUCCAGGGAAUAUUUAUGUAAAGUAUCAUUUGAUACAUUGAUUAUUUGCAUGCUUAGUAAUGACAUUGAAAAUAACUUUUUUUUUUCAUUUAUUAUAUUGAAUAUAUAGAAAUACAAUGAUAAAAACAUUCCAUAAUAAGUGAGGGUAAAUAUGUUUAUCUAAUUAUGAUCAAUAAAACGUUUAUUAUAUCAUAAGUAUAUGUAAAUGUUUAGAUCACAAUAAUAAUAAUAAUGAUCUAGUUGACAGCAUCACUCUUACAAGAGAUUUAAAAUAUAUUUGGAUAACUUUGAAAUAGGUUGUAUAUAUUUCAUUUGUCGUUCUUCUAGCAUAAACUUACAUUGAAAUUUGCUCUUUCCAAACUUUAAAUAAAACUAAUGCUCGUAAUGAUUAAAGUGAAAUGAAUUUAAAGUGUUCUAUUGAAAGAUUUUAUUGUUUGGUUGUUUUUGUUUUCGAUUUUUAUGUAUCACAAUAUUGUGAAUAAUCUAACAAACUAUAAUAUAUAGUCAGAAAGGAGUUUUGUGGAUAUUAUAGUAAUUAUAAUGGUUGAAUUCAUGAGUCAAUUAAAACUAGACCACUCAGGAAAACCU